UCUCGCGCUCUCGGCUACGUAACGACGCAAGCAAAAGGGCUGUGAGUGCAGUGCUGUUGCCUCUGUGCGGCCCGCAGUCUAGUGCUGGCUCUAAAAGCCGGCGUGAUCAGUGUUUGUGACCUCUGUGGCCACGUUGGCCACUCGUGCCGGCCGGAGACGGCGCUAGGCGCUCGUUCAAGGCUCGACUCUGAGCAUCAAGGGGGAGCAGCAAAACUUGCUGUGCAAAAAGAGCUGUGCCAAAGCGCUGCCAAGCUGAACACAGCCUCAAAUUCUUGAGCUGGCACGGCUGCGAGUCGAGCGAACAACAAUGCGUGCGCAACGACUCGCAGCGCUCUGCCUCCCUGGCCUGGUCUGCGGCUUCAUCACGCCAACGCGGCACGCCGUCAAGCCGACCUUCGAUCCCUUGCGCCUGUCAAAAAAGGAGUCGACCUGGGACCGCCUGACCGGGCCCAAGCUCUUCAAGACCGUGAAAAGGACCGAAGGCAUCCACGCGGUGCCGCUCGUCCCGCUAAGGGUGAUCGCAGGCAUACUGAUGAUCCACCACGGCAGCGAGGGCGGCUUCUGGCCCGCGAACUACGGGACGCCCGGGUUCGACGGGUUCGUGACUUACGUGCUGCAGCCCUACUUUUCAUUUUUACCUGGAAGCUUGGAGACGUGGAGCGCGAUCCAUGAUUAUGCGGAGUUCUGGGGCGGCGCGCUCCUCGCGGUCGGUUUCCUGACGCGGCCCGCGGCGCUGUCGCUACUGGUCACGAUGGCCGCGGCCGUCUAUUUUCACGUGGCGUCGACGGGCCUGCAAGGCGCGCCGUUCGGGCACGUCGAGAACUACUCGUACAACUUCGAGGAGCCCGCGUUGUAUGGCCUGAUCUUCCUGCUCUUCUUCUUCAACGGGCCGGGGCCGCUGUCGGUCGACAGCGCGAUCUAUAGCGCGUUGGCGCCGGACGACGACGACUAGGCCUCUUAAAUGCGGAUGUGAUG